CUCUCCCGCGAGUUCUCGAAAAUUGAUGAUUGGAUCAAGAAAAUGUUGUUAUGAAAGUUAAUAUUUCUUCAAUAAUAAUGAAAGAAAUUAUAAAAAAUACUUGAUACGGUUUGAGAAGGAUAUAUGGAGUGAACUGUUGCUACUGGAACUGUUUUGAUCAACCCAGUUCAACCAUGUCUAAAAAGCGAGGACUCAGCUUGGAGGAAAAAAGACAGCGGAUGAUGGAGAUUUUCUUUGAGAGGAAAGAAAUCUUCCAGUUGAAAGAAAUGGAGAAAAUUGCACCAAAAACAAAGGGAAUAACCUCCAUGUCCGUAAAGGAUGUUCUUCAGAGUCUGGUAGAUGAUAAUAUGGUUGACACCGAUAGAGUAGGCACAUCCAACUACUUUUGGGCCUUCCCAAGUAAAGCCAGCAAUGCUAGAAAAAGAAAACUGGCGGAUCUUACAAGCCAGCUUGAAGUGAGUGAGAAAAAGAGAACAGCAACAACAAAACUCAUUACCAAGGCAACAGUAGGAAAAGAAAAGAGUGAUGACAGAACAACUCUUUUGGAGACGCUGUCGGAGAAAGAGCAGGAGAACAACAGGUUAAAGGUCGAGUUGGAGAAGUAUCGAGAGUGUGACCCCGAGGUGCUUGAGGAAGUCAAGAGACAAACAGCAGUUUCCAGGGAGGCAGUGAAUAGAUGGACAGACAAUGUCUUUGCGAUCAAGUCCUGGUGUAAGAAGAAAUUUUCAAUGGAGGAGAAGACAAUAGACAAACAUUUUAGUAUUCCUGAAGACUUUGAUUAUAUUGAAUGAUCUAUUUUAAUGAGACUUUUUUAAAGCCCAAUUUCAUAGCUGCUUAGGCAGAGAGAUAUUCUUGACACCUUUCUGCUCAGCAAAAAUAAGCAGGAUAC